UUUCUCCCGAGUCUUUCUGUUUGGUUUCUUCCCUAUCUUCUCUCUCUCUCUCUCUCUCUCUCUCUCUCUCUAAAGAAUAAAAGACUACUUUCUGUUUCGCUUGGCCGCCUGGUAAGUGUACCAGAUCUCCGGCAAUGACUCGGUUUCAGAUGCCGGAAUACACAUCUUGGUAGUGGAAUAAAGUGAAACGGAACUAAUCUUUGAGGAGAUCACAGAUUCUGUGAUGAAGAGAGGAACUUGCUGAGCAACUUGAAGAAAGGGAAAGAGGGAAAUUCGAUUGGUAGGUACCUACCUGAUUUACGGCCUUGGAAAUGGAUAUGAGAAGAGAAACCUCGGUUCCAGAUACGAAAGAGUUCCAGACUCACGACCUUUGGGUUCCAACGACUCCAGUGAAGAAUAUUCCACCAGAAAAGCAGCCGAUCUGUGAGGAAAAACAAGAAAAUCAGCCGGGCCAAGCAAAUUGUUUUGUGCCGGAUGGAUUUUCAACUGGGCUUCAAAAGGAAACUCAAGCUUAUGGGAGAACAGUAGCAUCUUCUGGUUCAGUAAAUACCGUUGAUUUGAACAAGGCUAGUGCUGCGAAAUCCAGAGCUUCCGCUGAUUUCUCCAAGUUUAGUGAGCUCGUCAUGGAUUCUGAAAGGUUCCCAAGGGGACAUUUUACCAGUCUUAUGGCUCUUGCAGAUGCAGCUGGCCCGACAGUUUCUUUAGAUGGUACUAGGCAAGGAGAUGUUAAUGGAGCAGGCAGUCCAUUCAUGUCCUUUUUCAGGCCUCAAUUUGAAAGUAAUCAAUACGAGAGCGACUCCACGGCUUGCAUUGCUGGCCAGCAAAGCUCACUUGGGUCAAACUCAUGGAGCAACAGCAGUUGUGCGCCAGAUGCCCCCUUAUAUGGAAUUCACAUGCCUUUCCAAUCCACCAAUCAUCUCAGCUCACAACUUAGGGAAUCAGAUGCACUUUCAAGCCGGAAUAUCUCAGUUGCAUCUACAGAUGCACUAUCAAGGAGUAAUAUCUCUCAGUUUGCACCCUUGACAUCAACAGAUGCAAUCUCAGUUGCAUCAGCAGAUGCACUCUCAAGCGGGAAUAUCUCCCAGUUUGCACCCUUGACAUCAGAUCAGUCCAAGAAAGCAGAAAACAAGCAGGUUCACAAUAUGCACUACAUACAUGUGGAUGGAAAAACAUGCCAGGAAACUAUUAACCAGGGAAAUGAAGUCUCCAUGAGGGUUGAAGUUAUUGAUCUUUAUCAUGAUAAACAGAAAACACCACUAGAUGAUUUGUCAAGCGCUGCUUUUUCAAUGCAAUUGCACGAGAAUCACAACCCUGACAAGGGAGGCAACCCUGGCAUUGACGUGAAAACACCACAGCAAAAGCCAAGAAGGAGAAAGCACAGGCCAAAAGUGGUUACAGAAGGCAAGCCAAAAAGGACUCGGAAGCCAAAGACCGCAAAUCCUUCACUCCCCAAGGAUAACCAAACAGGUAAGAGGAAGUAUGUCCGGAAAAAUGGACUUAACAAGAUCCAAGAAACAUCACCAACAGAAGGAAUUUGCUCAGGUAGUGAUCUGAAAGUACCACUUGGAACAAAAACAUGCCGGAGAAAAUUGAAGUUUGAAGGACAAGAAAGGGAAGAAACUUCAUGUAAGGCAAGGCCAAAUGAGAAUGCAGAAGCACAAGCUCAAAACUUUUAUACAAGGGGUGACUCACAGUCAACUGUGCAGCUUGACCAAAGGAUGGAGGCUGCAAAUGAAAAGACACAAAUGGGUAUUGCUCACAGCCAUGCAAGUUCCAUAAACAAAGUGGUUGAAGAUUGCAUAUCAAUAUCUGAAAAGCAAUCUCAGAGCUAUCUGACCCCUUCCAACACUGAUCCACUGCAGCAAAAAUCAAUGGCUUCUGCCGAAAGCGAAGGUACAAGAGGAAAAUGCAAGAUAGUUUUCUCUGAUGAAACACAUGACAAACAAGGAACCAAUGUACAAAUGGUGAUCAAUAGUGAAAACCAACCAGCACCAAGUCCAAAUGAUUCUAACAGCAGCAGCAGUGCACAACAAGAAAGGACACUAAAGAGGGUACAUUCAUGCACCAUUGAUGAAGCAGAACUCAGCCGCACAAACAUUAUGGGAUGUCAAUGCAAUUCUUUGCAAGAAUACCAUAAAAUGUUUCCAGCAAACGUGUAUGACAACGCAACUCCAGGCAUUAAUUUUCCCUCAAUUCACAAGAAAAAGAGAACCGGGAAAGAGCAGUUUUCAACUACAUCAAGCCCAUUGUCUAUCAGGACAGCUGCAGAAAUUAGCAUGACAGGAACUACAUCAAGCCCUUUGAACAAUGCAUAUGCAGGUCCUUAUAUAUCAGGAACCAAUUGUGCAGUUUUGGCUGCUCAGUCUAACACUAGCUGCACCUCAACCAAAACUGCAUCACUUGUGGAAGCUCACGAUAAACAGCAACUGUAUGAGUGUAAACUGGCUUUUGAGCAAAAAGGAAGGAUGAUAAAGAAGAGAUCAAAGGCCUCUACUCAUCACCCAGAUGCAACAAAGGAUGGCAUUCCCGCAGUUGAUGUGAUUACUGACUUUUUAAAGACCCUAGACAUCAGUCUGGAAAACAACCAAGUGACAUAUCAACAUCAGUGUGAACUUUUUCCUUAUGGUUUAACAUAUGAAGAGCAGAAUGCACUUGUUCUUUAUCAAAGAGGUGGACCUGUUGUGCCUUUCCAAAAUUCAUUUCAUCCAAUCAAGAAACGCCAACUUCGUCCGAAAGUUGACCUUGAUGGUGAGACAGACAGAGUAUGGAAGCUUCUAUUGGAAAAUAUUAACAGUGAAGGUAUUGAUGGGACAGAUGAGGAGAAAGCAAAAUGGUGGGAAGAAGAACGAAGAGUGUUCCAAGGACGGGCAGACUCAUUUAUUGCACGCAUGCAUCUUGUCCAAGGAGAUAGACGCUUCUCCCCAUGGAAAGGAUCAGUUGUGGACUCGGUUGUGGGAGUUUUCCUUACUCAAAACGUAUCAGACCAUCUUUCUAGUUCUGCCUUCAUGUCUCUUGCAGCACACUAUCCCCUCAAACAGAAGCACAAUGAGAGGCCAUACUUUGAAGACACGAGUAUAUUGGUCGAAGAACCAGGAAUGUGCGCAGUUUAUCCAGAGGAUACCAUCAGAUGGCAUGAAGAGAAGUCAAAUCUGCAAGCCUGGGACAUGAAUUCUAUGACACUUCAUGGCAUAGAUUUAAAUGUAGAGAAAGAAGUUGUUAACAGCAGUGAAUUGAUUGCAUGCAGCAGUGAUGGUGUGAAGCCAAUAGAUAAGUCAGAAUGUAAAUGCUCAGAUAUAUCUGAAGAUGGUAUAGGUAUAUCUCAUAAUUCAACAGCAAACAGAGAUGUCAUGCACCUCCAAGAAGCAGUGGCAAGUUCGAUUGGAGAUAAAAGAGAAAUGGAUGAUGUAUUCUCCUCUCAGAAUUCUGUUGGUUCUUGUCAGAACUCCAUGGAUUCAUCAAUAGCUCAAACAUCUGAGAAAGUAGGAUCAUACUUGCAGGACAAUGCAGAAGAAGAUCCAGCAAUCAGUUCAAAUUCCAUCGGUCUUGUCGGCUCUUCAUUUGUGGAUAUAUUACCAAGGACAGAGACCACUUGUGGAAUUCACAAUCACAAGAAUGGAAAUGAAUCAUCCUAUAGAGAAACAAGGCAGACCAACAUGAAUGGUUCAGAAUGUGAUACACAAAAAGAAAACAAGCACAUAUCAGAUUAUCCUAAAACCUCCCUGAGGCCUGUUAUAGCUUCCAGUAAUUACCAUUCAGAAAUGAUCCCCGACUCAGGAGUGCAGGAAGUUGAAUCCAUUGAAACAUUGCAAGAUAACACCUCAUUAUCUAAUACUUCCAUGCACAAAGAAAAUUGCACUAGCGAACAAAGCGGAGUAACAGCAGAAUAUUUAAGCCAGGCUAUGGAAGAAAACAUCAUGACUGCAAGUUUCCAAAAACAGAAAUAUUCCAGCAAAAACAAUCAUGCACACAACAGCCUUCAAGACCAAAACUGUGGAAUCCAGCAAGUUCUUGAGGUCCCAAACCUUUCAAGGAACACGUUGGAUGUCACAGAGAGCACCAGUGAAAUCAAUAACCCACAGAUCAGUGACCAUAAGGCAGUAGAGUCAAGUUUGAAGAACCAGGACUAUCUUCCCAGUAAGAACAUAAAUGGGAGUUCUGAUGCUCCAGAAGUGAAGCGGAGAAGGGUUGGGAAGCCAAAAGAGAAAGUGGACUGGGAUAGCUUAAGACAGAAAGCACAAACCAGAGGUAAAAGGGAAAGAACAGUCAAUACAAUGGAUUCAUUAAACUGGGAAGCAGUGAGGUGUGCAGAUGUUAGUGAGGUUGCUAACACCAUCAAAGAUAGGGGAAUGAAUAACGUGCUAGCAGGGCGAAUUAAGGAUUUCCUGAACCGACUGGUUAGAGAACAUGGAAGCAUUGAUCUUGAAUGGUUAAGAGAUGUUCCACCUGAUGAAGCAAAAGAAUAUCUAUUGAGCAUAAGAGGAUUGGGCUUGAAAAGCGUGGAGUGCGUGCGGCUUUUGACACUUCACCAUCUUGCUUUUCCAGUUGACACAAAUGUUGGGCGUAUAGCUGUCAGACUAGGAUGGGUACCCCUUCAGCCUCUGCCAGAAUCACUUCAGUUGCAUCUUUUAGAACUGUACCCAGUGUUGGAAUCAAUUCAGAAAUACCUCUGGCCACGUCUCUGCAAGCUUGAUCAAAGAACACUAUACGAGCUGCAUUACCAAAUGAUUACUUUUGGAAAGGUUUUUUGUACAAAAAGCAAGCCUAAUUGCAACGCAUGCCCAAUGAGAGGAGAAUGCCGACAUUUUGCAAGUGCAUUUGCAAGUGCCAGGCUUGCCCUCCCGGGGCCAGAAGAAAAAAGCAUAGUAAGUGCUAGGGACAACAAAGCAGCUGGCCAAAGGCCAGUGGAGAUUAUCAAGUCAUUGCAGCUGCCUUUACCUCUGACUAGUCAGCAAAUGCAAGACCAACCUCAAAUGAUUAACUUUGAGCCCAUUAUUGAGGUGCCGUCAACACCAGAGCCUAUUAUUGAAGUGCCAGCAACACCAGAACCUGAACAUUUACAAGUACCAGAACGGGACAUUGAGGAUGCAUUUUGUGAAGAUCCUGAGGAAAUUCCAGUGAUCAAACUCAAUAUUGAAGAGUUCACUCAAAAUUUACAGAACUACAUGCAACAGAAUAUGGAACUCCAGGAAGACAAAAUGUCAAAGGCUUUAGUAGCUUUAACACCAGAAGCUGCUUCAAUCCCUAUGCCUAGACUUAAAAAUGUGAGCCAGCUAAGAACAGAACACCAAGUCUAUGAGCUUCCAGACUCUCAUCCUCUACUGAAACAGUUGGACAAACGAGAACCUGAUGAUCCAUGUUCAUACCUCCUUGCUAUAUGGACACCUGGUGAAACUGCAAAUUCAAUUCAAGCACCAGAAGGGAGGUGUAACUUCCAAGAAUUGGGCAAACUAUGUGAUGAGAAGACAUGCUUUUCUUGCAAUAGCAUUCGAGAAGCAAAUUCCCAAACUGUUCGAGGGACCCUUCUGAUACCAUGUCGCACAGCUAUGAGAGGGAGCUUCCCCCUGAAUGGGACAUAUUUUCAAGUCAAUGAGGUAUUUGCUGACCAUGAAUCGAGCCUUCACCCAAUAGAUGUUCCUAGAGCUUGGAUUUGGAAUUUGACAAGACGCACAGUGUAUUUUGGAACCUCCAUACCAACAAUAUUUAAAGGCCUAUCAACAGAAAGCAUUCAACACUGCUUUUGGAGAGGUUUUGUCUGCGUAAGGGGAUUCGACCAAAAGACAAGGGCACCCCGUCCUCUCAUUGCAAGAUUACACUUCCCAGCUAGCAAAUUAACUAGGACGAAAAGCAAGACUGAUCAGAAGCAAGAAUGAUGCACUAACUAGAGUUGAUGUUGAAAGAGCUGUGCCGGACAAACAUUUCAUGGAAUGACAAGAAGAGUGACUGUCGGUGGAAAGGACAAAGGAUAACGGGCUAACUUGUAGUUUAUGUAUAAUUAGCAUGAUUAUAGCAAUUUAACAUGUGCUCAAAGUUGCAAUUUUUAAAUAAUCCAUAAAAUUAUGUCA